AUGGAGAUCGAUACCAAUACGCCACAACCUACAACAGAAUACAUGGACGAGGAUCCCGUUAAUCCUGCCACCACCGGUGAAUCCAGCGAGCAACAACAACAGGAGCAGCAAGAUGACAUGUUUGCCGUGGCUUUGUUGAUUGACGAGCUCAAACACGAAGAUGUGCAAUAUCGAUUGAACGCGAUGAGAAACUUGACGGUUAUUGCUCAAGCCCUUGGUCCCGAAAGAACUCGUAAUGAGCUAUUGCCCUUCCUCCAAGAGUGUAUUGAUGACGAGGAUGAGGUCCUGGUUGUGCUUGCUGAGGAGCUUGCUAACCUUACUGCACAUUUGGGCGACCGCGAAUACACCUAUUAUCUUCUCGAGCCCCUGGAGAACAUUGCAGCAGUGGAGGAAAGCUCUGUCCGGGAAAAGGCUGUUUCAUCGCUUUGCAAGUUGGUGGAUAUUCUUCCAGCCAAUCACGUUGAACAGUAUUUCCUUCCAUUAGUAAAGAGAUUGAGCUUGGGUGAAUGGUUUACUAGUCGAACAUCUGCAACAGGCCUCUAUGCCAGCACCUACAAGAAGGUCCCUGCCAACACCCAAUCCGAAUUGAGAAACAUGUUUGCCCAGCUUGUUGGAGAUGAGAGCCCGAUGGUGCGGCGAUCGGCAGCUAAGGCUUUGGGCGCUUUUGUGGCUCAACUGCCUACAGAUGAAUUACUUGGAGGUGGUCUCGAGUUGUUGAAACAACUAGCUCAAGAUUCUCAAGAUUCGGUUCGCUUGUUGGCAGCUGAAGAGCUCGUACCUUUCGGCAAGCUUUUUAACGAAGACCAAAAUCGCAACUUGCUGCUCCCCAUCUUCUCGGCAUUGGCUGAAGAUAGAUCAUGGCGUGUAAGAUAUAUGGUUGCUUCCGAAUACGUCGAGAUCGCACAAGCAUUUGGUGCCGCUAUCGUUGAGCAACACUUCACAGAGCCAUUCUUACAUUUCUUGGCUGAUCCCGAAGGCGAGGUUCGCACUGCUGCUGCAGGUCGCAUCACUGGCUUUUCACAGCUCAUUGAAAAACAAGUGGUGAUCGAUCGACUACUCCCUUGCGUCAGGGACCUUGUUGGUGAUGAGAAUCAGCAUGCUCGUGCAGCUCUUGCAAAGGAAGUGAGUGGUUUGGCUCUUAUUGUUGGUCAGGAUCCCACAACCGAGUAUUUGCUGCCAACCUUCCUACAACAGCUUACCGACGACUUCCCAGAUGUACGGUUGAACGUUAUUUCAAGCUUGGAUGAAAUCAACAAAGCCAUCGGCAUUGAGCGUUUGUCCCAAGCCUUGCUACCUGCUAUCCAUGAACUUUCUGAAGACAAGCAAUGGCGUAUUCGACUCGCUAUUAUUGAACACAUUCCUUUGCUUGCCAAGCAAUUUGGUGCCAAGUUCUUUGAAGAGAAGCUUUUGGACUUGUGUAUGGCAUGGUUACGCGACAAGGUCUUUUCGAUUCGAGAAGCUGCCACUACCAACUUACAGCGAUUGACUCAAGUCUUUGGUGCAUCCUGGGCCCAACAAGCUAUUAUCCCAAGAAUACAAACCAUGGCAAGCGAUGAUAACUACUUACACAGAAUGACUGUGAUUUUUGCAUUGACCACAAUGGCCGAAGCACUUCCUGCUGACACAGUACGAGACUCAGUGUUGCCAACUGUCAUUGAGCUAUCCAGUGAUCCCAUUCCUAAUAUUCGAUUCAAUGUUGCUAAAUCCUUGGAAACGAUGAUACCAUUGCUCAAACAAAACCAAGCUAUGCUCGAUCUGGUGUCAAGUAUGGCAAAGCCAACGUUGGAGAAGCUCAGCUCAGAUCCUGAUGUCGAUGUGAGGUUUUUUGCCAAUCGGGCCUUGGAAACCGCUGUUUAA